CAGAUGGGCAUGUACAUUUGAAUCCUUUUUUUUAAAAUCAUGUAUUUUCUAAUUGGGGAUUAGUUUUCAUUUCAAAAAUAUUUUUAAGGUUUGGCUCAAAAAUCAAUGAUAUCAACAAUUAAUUUGUGUUAUUUAGGCACUUUCAACAUCCCAGAAAAAAAUUAACGAGUGCUUCAAAAUAUGACAAACGUUCUCCAGUCACAAGCCUACCAACUUUUUUUUUUUUUAAUGAGAACAAGAGAGGAAGGAAAUCAAAAUGCAGCUGCGUGGUUUUGGAAUCCGCUCUUCUUAUCUCGCACAAAAGCUCUGUGUGGCACGUCGAUCCUGGAUUUAAAACUACACUUUCACUUUUUAACAUUUUUUUAGCUUUCCCCCCUCUCAAAGGAAAAAUUUCUCCCAUGAAGACCAUCCGAUGGCUUCCACUGGUGCUUGGCGCUCUGCAGGCUUCGGCCGAGUUCUUCCACACCAAAGCGGGCCAGGAGACCGUCAUCAAGUGCGGGCUGGACAACUUCGCCACCAGCCUGGUGUGGCGUCGCGGCAGCCAGCUCCUCUUCAGGGUCACCAGCAAAACUCGCAUGCUGCAGAGAGGCACCAGUAGCAUCGCAAUGAGGUCCAAACAGAAGCAGGACACCAAUUUGCAGAUCUCCGCGGUGGAGGAAGGUGACGCCGGGGAGUUCACGUGCGUGGUGGACAACAAGGAAACGGUGCACACGCUUGCCGUCGUCUUGGUAUCGGUGGACCCUCUGGGUAACGGCCUGAGCCCAGGAAGUGUGGCAGUACUGCGCUGCCGCGUGGCCGGGCUGCCGUCGGAGCCAUGGGUGGAGUGGAGUCGACCCGGCGACGCUCGUCGAUGGGAUCGCGGCCUGGCUCGCCUUGAGCCGGUGGAGGCGUCCCAUGCUGGGAAGUGGCAAUGUGUCUUCCACCACGAUGGGUCCCACUACAUGGAGGAAAUCGAGCUUAGCGUGAAAAAAAUGUCCAUGACAACCAUCUCCCCAAGUGCAAAGGGUCAUCCGACCCCUGGCCCCAUCAUGGUGGCGCUUCCCAAAGUGGGCUUUUGGCUGGUGGCCUCCGGUGGCAGCCUGCUGGUGCUCCUGCUGCUCAUCUUGGUCUUGAUUAUGUCUUGCCGCAUCAGAAGAAGGAAGCUUCAGAAGAGAUUCCUGCAGAUGAACGCCAGAAAACCGAUGAGCGGCCGCCAAUACUGCCAGUGUCGUUGCCCGACAGCUGCCGUGGCACCCCGGCGGCCGGACACGACUAAGAAGAAGAAGCCGCCCGCCCUUCCGAUGUGCUGAAAAAGCGACUGAAGGAAAAUAAAGAAAAAAAAGAUGACGUGAGAGAGAGAAUUAGUAAGACAAUGACAAGCUGAAUAUAAAUUGAAUCGAUGAAUUUAGUUCCAGCGCAUUUUGAAAUACGAGCUGCUUUGAUGCGUUUUAUCCCCGUGAGUCAUUUUGACGCAAGUCCUAUUUUGUUAUUAUUUUUUAAAGAUAUACUUUCCUUUUUUUUUCUGUUCCUAAGUUGUAGUUCACGUGAAAGGUUUGACAUCUGUGGUGUACAUCGUCUGUAUAUAUAUGACUCUGGCUAUGUCAGAGGCAAACUUCAAUAAAGCAAUGCUUAUUUCCGUCUUCUCAA